AAGAGUUUAACGUUUAUCACUUGUUGGGAGUGGACUGAUAGUGUAGUGAUGUUAUUAUCUUACGAGUUUCCAUCAGAGUCACAUGAAGUUUGUAUUGGUGCGAUAAUGAAUGCUUAUAGUCCGUUAAAAGACAAACGCACAGGAGAUUGUUCAGAUGGUCAAGGAAAAGAAGCUGAUAAUUCAUUUAGACCACAAAAAUCCCGUAGAUUCACGUGUUUUCAGGAUUACCCUUGGCCAAAUAUUGUCGUCGAAGUUGCGUACAGUGGGUCAAUGGCUCAUGUUAAAGAAAAGGCGAAAGGAUAUUGGCUUAAACAUAAUCGUGCUUACGAUGCAAUAGUUGUCCUGUCUCUCAAG